AUGCUGCCAGUGUACCAUCGCCGCGGUGGUGGUGGUGGUGGAGGGGGUGCUGAUCAGUCCUCGCUGUCGCCAGGCGCGCCGCCCUCCAACGGCACUCCCGGCUACCACAAUGGCUUCAGUCAUGGCUACAACAAUGGCUACGUGCAGAGCGGCUUUGACGAGAUCACGCUCGACAGCGGGAGCGACUCGCGCUACGGCGCCGGGCGCUACACUUCUGCUUCUGCUGCUGCUGCCUCUGCGUCGGACGCGUCGUCGUACGGCAAUGGACACGGCUAUCAUUCGUCAUCAUCUGCUCCGGAUGCGUUUGCCGGCUCUGGGUCUGGAUCCGGGUCUGGCUAUGGCUAUGGAUCUGCUGGCGGCGCGCGGUCGUACGGAGUCAGCAAGGCGUCGUCCGCGUCCAUGUUUGACGCGCUGCUGGGUCGUCUCAAGCUCAAGAAGCGUGUUGCUCAUCUGACACGCGUGUACGACAAGAGCGGCGCGAUCGGCGUCUUCAACCAGAGCUCGAGCUCGCAGCGUCGACGCUUGCUCGUGCUGUUGCUGAUCUGCUUUGCCGUCGUGGCACUGCUGGCUCUGUCAACUGGCUCAGGCAGCAGCAGCAGCAGCAGCAGCAGCAGCAGCAGCAGCAGUAGCGAUGAUGGGGAUGCAAUUCACAUCAAGAAUGGCCGAAUCAAGGCCGAGCCGGUGAAAGCAGAGCCAGAGCCACCGCCGCCACCGCCUGCGCAAGAGGAACCUGCAGUGAAACCUGCAGAGGAGCCUGCAGAGGAGCUGGACGAUGAACAGCAGAUGCAAGCUCAUCUUGAGCGAGAAAGGUUGGCGGAGGAGAAGCGAAUCAACGACGAAAUGGAGCGCCUGCUCAAUCUCAAGCAGGAGCACGACCAGCGAAAGCAACAAUACCUGGACCAGAUCAAUGCCAAUGCUCGGAUACAAGCAGCGGCGCAGCUCGAGUACCAAAAGCUCAAGCAGGCUGGUCUCAGGCUGACUCCCGAGGAACGCGCACGACAGGAGCGUGAGCGACAAGCUGCGCUCGCCAACAAGAAAAAAGCAGCGGCGGAUCGCGCAGCCAAGAUUGAGACUCACCGCACUGCCGUCACGCAAGCGUUUGUUCAUGCGUGGACUGGCUAUGAGACUCACGCCUGGGGUCACGAUGAGAUUCGACCUGUUACGAAUGCGACGAACGACAGCUGGAACGGCUGGGGUGUCACAAUGAUUGAUGGGCUGGACACUGCCAUGUUGAUGGGGCUGGAAUCUGUCGUUCUGAAGGCUCGCAAACACAUUGCUGCCCUGCACUUCACCGACGACAAGAGCGUAUCGUUCUUUGAGACGACCAUCCGCUAUGUGGGUGGUCUGCUGAGUGCGUACGAGUUGAGCAUGGAUGGAAUCUAUCUGCUGAAAGCCGUAGAGCUGGCCAACCGCUUGAUGCCUGCCCUCGAGACCAAGACAGGCCUGCCGUAUCACGAGGUCAAUGUCAAGACGGGCGUGUCGAAAAACCCAGAGUGGACGCGGGGCAACUCUCUGCUUGCUGAAGUCGGUAGUUUCCAGCUCGAGUUCAAGUAUCUGUCCGCGCACUCCAAAACACCCAUCUACGGCGAUAAGGCCCAGGCUGCCAUGGAUGCGAUUGCGGCGCAGCCUCUUGAAGUCAGCGGCCUGUAUCCUCUGCUCAUUCAUCCCCAAACGGGACUGUUCUCUGGCAACGACAUUUCGUUUGGCGCUCUCGCGGACAGCUUCUACGAGUACCUUCUCAAGCAAGCUCUACUGUUUAGGGGUCACCCGCGCGAAGUGCAGCACCGUCGUAUGUAUGACGAGGCCGUCGUCGCGCUCAAACAACACUUGCUCUUCCGCUCCGCGGCCACCAAGCUCCUGUAUGUCGCCGAUCGCCGAAACAAUGUCGCUGUUCAUGAAAUGGGGCAUCUGUCUUGCUACCUGCCUGGGCUGCUCGCACUCGGUGCCGAGGGCGGUCCCAACCCUGACGAAGAUUUGGCGCUGGCGGCAGAUCUGGCGUACACUUGCGCCCGCCUCUACUUGGAGUCGCCGUCUGGCAUUGGUCCAGAAACCGUUGCCUUUGAUGGCAAAACGUCUGAAAAAUGGCAGCCCCUCACGCUUGCCGAGCAGGCUACGUUGCAGCUUCAGCUCGAAGACGAGCGCUUGAGUGCCGAUAGAACCGCCGAUACCGACCGUGGCUAUUCCGUCCGAUCUGCCAACUACCUGUUGCGGCCCGAAACGAUCGAGAGCUUGUUCGUGCUCUUCCGUCUCACGGGCAAUCCCGUGUACCAGGACUGGGGGUGGGCCAUUUUCGAAGCGAUCGAGCGUCACUGCCGCACCCCAAGUGCCUACUCUGGUCUCGAGAAUGUCAAUUCCCCAAAUCCCAAGCAAAACAACUCUAUGCAGAGCUUCUUCUUGGCUGAGACGCUCAAGUACCUCUUUUUGCUGUUUAGCCCUCGAGACGUACUACCAUUGGACGAGUAUGUCUUCAACACCGAAGCGCAUCCGCUCCGCAUCGCCCCGUAUGUCUCUGGAUGA